AUGGUUGUAAUUUCUCCGAUGACGUCGUUGAUGGAAGAACAAGUUUCUUACCCCAAUAGUUUGGGAAUACGCGCCGUUUGUUUUACAGAUGAGUCCAAAGACAAGUUAAUACAAUAUGUAAUGCAAGGGAGAUACUCUCAUGUGUAUGCAAGUCCCGAAUGCCUUCUUGCGACUAAAAAGUGGAGAGGAAUAUUUGCUUCAAAGACGUUUUUAGAAAAUCUUGUUGGAGUAGCUGUAGACGAAGCACAUUGUAUUCAUCAAUGGUAA